UUAACAUUAAAUUCGUGGUGUUUACGUGUACAGAGCAUACUGCCUUUAGCAACACAACACUGGAACAAAUAAAAAGUGGCUUUCACUUCACCAGAUCUACUGUAUCCAAGGUAAAAUGAUUGUAAAACAAUUAAUAUUCGGGCUGAGCAUCUUAGCUUUUGGAUCUUGCGAUACAGGUCCAGGUAACCCUUCUGAUGAUUCCUGCGUUUUGUGCAAUCAUGCAUUCUUUCCAAAGGGGGAAUGGAAUGGCGAAUGCACAGAGGAGGUCCCUUGUCCAGAGAUAAUGAAUAAUGCAGGGGAUACUGCAGAGAAGAAAGAUGUGUUGUUUAAGAGGCCAUACUUCAUUGUAGAUGUACCAUUCGAAGAUAACACGCGCACGUAUCGUUAUGUAGCAUUUGAAGCAUCAGUACUCGACUCUGUCGAUGCUCCCCCUAAAGGAGAGGGACGUUCCGUUGCAAAUUGCCAAUUUUGUAUGCUAGACAUACGUAAAGGCAACUGGGUUACUACUGAUUGCAAGUUUAUUACGUGUCCAGCACAGCUGUCCGACAGUGUUGCGUUCAAACUGGAUGAUGAUGGUGCAGCAGACAGAGUAGAAAGUUUUUGCCGUGUUGACAAAGAGGGUCAAUCUAAUCAUUAUACAUGUUACUGGGUUCCUAACAUUGAAACUCUGGUUAGUAACCUGAUCGCGGGUAGUUAAAAUAGUUAACCGCAAUAGUUGCAUCUGUAUGUAUAGUUUUGAUUUUUGUUCACCCAUGACUAUCAACACUUGGGAAUAAAGAAUACUAUAAAGAAUAAA